AUAUCUGCUUGGCUCGGCUCCCUUUUUACUCGCUUCAAUCCGAUAAACGCUGUGCAUCAUCGAUACGGGGAAUUUCGGGCACACACGGCAUGCUACGGGACGAAUGAAUAGACCAGCUGGCGGCAGUAAAAAAACAGGCGCGCACACGCCAGCCUGCAAAUUACGCAUUUUUCGCUGCCAUUGUUGUGUUCUUGGGUCAUGUGAAAGCGCAAAUCCGCCCACCACAAAGGCUAUGGCCGUUCUUCCGAAACACAAACCCCCUGGGUGCCCCGUAGUCUCUCUACGUAAUGCAUUAUUUGUCCCGGUCACGCACACCAGAGGGGCUUCCUAUCUCACGCCCGCUACUGCUACGCCUGGAUUGUUCUUUGCACACGUCCCACUCACUACACCAAAAGUGCACUUGCAUUCAAGCCACGCGCCGCUGUCCCGGCUAUUUCUUCCAACUAGCAAGAAAAAGCGUCUCUUGCCGGCUCAGAGGCCUCUGGCUUCCUGCAGUCUCUGCACAAGCGUGUGCCAUUCCUUGCCGAUUGGCCGACACAUACCUGCAGAUGUGCAGCUGCAUAUCAUGCAAGUCUCCCCCAUGCAUGCUGCCCAUGUUCUGGGAUUUGCAAUGCAAAGGAAGUGUCGUGUUCAUUAUGAACCCCCCCAACCACCCCUAUCAUCCUGAUAGGGAAUGCCAGCUACUGAAUCCUAUCGUUUUGCAACUCGAUAUUUUUUGAUUCCACAUGUUGUAAAGUCUAGCCGC